UCAACCGCAGAAACAAAAUUAAACUGAGAAGCGGAAGUCUGCGGCAAACAUGACGUUCUCUCCGUGGACGCAUCAGAAUGAAGACUGCAUUCUCACCGGCAAAUUCUAUAGGAUUCUUCUGCUAUGAAUUGAAAGUCACCCAUUUUCUUGAUUGUUACAAGUCUCUUUAAUUCAUAUUCCUAACACUAAAAAAAUUGAUUGUGUGUCCGGAUUACCGAAAGGAUUCAUCAUCGUCGUCACUGUAACGAAUCGUGAAUGCAAUCACUUUCUCCAUCACCCUGGCCGUUAGCUCCUGGUCACCGCCUAUCCGGCAAACAUUAAACAUGCUAUCACAGCCACUCUGUCAGGAUGAUUCAGAUAGUCAACACUCACGUAGCACCCCUGGAUCUGAAGUGAGGCCAUUAUUUAUGUCAACAACAGAAGUACAACCGGUGCAAAAUGAUCCACUAAUGAAGCCCAACUCUACCCAACAGCCUAUCUCACAUUCACAGCAACAACCGGUAUUGCCUUCUGAAUUAGGCCAACGUCGUCACAUUGUCAUCAGUGAUUUGGGAUGUGACAUGGGUGUGUUAAAGUCCAUAAAGGCUAUUUGCUCAGACUUGUUCUCUGGUUGACCCACGAGCUACAAGCGCUUGUCAACUCAGUCCCGAGAGGCUUACAUUUCAAGAUUCUCUCUGGAGUACACAUGGGCGCCGUCAGAUAAUGAGAGAAUGGUCUCCACCCUCCAUGCGCUAUUUGCUAAUCGCUACCGGGCAAAUUUCUCCAAUUUAAGAAUUGCUGCACAAGAUAAGUUUAUUGAUUAUGCUAAAGGUCAGGAUCUGGACUGUACCCUCGUAAUGCCCUUCAGACCGGAAUUUGAAUCUCCAGACAUAUGGCAUGACUUAUGCAUUCUUGGAAAGUUAAAGCAUAAUCAUAUCGCAAUCCUUGGGGAAGGUGAGGUUCCAGUUAUGACAAUGGGCAGGAGGUCAAAGUCACGAAGGCUUGAUGGAAUGGAAUCUAGGGAGACACAGGAGCGCAACUCUCAUGCCGAGGCACUCAUGGCCAGAAAUGCUGAACUUAGGAUUGAGUUUGAAGUGCUCAUGACGAUGCAGCAUGAUUUCAAAACCCAGAUAAGCAAUAUAUGGAGUGCUCUGGUCAGUAUGGGUGUGGUUAACCCUAGUAUGAGUCCAUCUCAGAUUUUUGUUGUUGGGGGAUCCUCAUCUCAGAAUCAGCCAUCGUCAACCUCAGCCACCAAUGUUCAAGCAGCCACAACCUCAGCCGCCAAUGUUCAAGCAGCCACAACCUCAGCCGCCAAUGUUCAAGCAGCCACAACCUCAGCCGCCAAUGUUCAAGCAGCCACAACCUCAGCCGCCAAUGUUCAAGCAGCCACAACCUCAGCCGCCAAUGUUCAAGCAGCCACAACCUCAGCCGCCAAUGUUCAAGCAGCCACAACCUCAGCCGCCAAUGUUCAAGCAGCCACAACCUCAGCCGCCAAUGUUCAAGCAGCCACAACCUCAGCCGCCAAUGUUCAAGCAGCCACAACCUCAGCCGCCAAUGUUCAAGCAGCCACAACCUCAGCCGCCAAUGUUCAAGCAGCCACAACCUCAGCCACCAAUGUUCAAGCAGCCACAACCUCAGCCACCGAUGUUGGAGUACCAACCUACGAUGAUGACAAACCAGUAUAGUUCACACAGUCAGCUCUCUGGGAUGACUCACGCACAUGCGCAGCGCAAUCAUUUUCCUUCACAGUCCAGCCCCAAUAUCCACCCUCGAAAGCCUCUUCUACUCCUUUGAUCCGACUGACUCGAGAUGACUCAUCAUGCUCCAACAGUUUGGUGACACUGAAAUUAGUGAUAAUGUAAACGCUAUGGAGAACACCUUUUUAAAUGGUAAUGAUUAGUGGAUUUGUUAAGAGCUUAGAAAUAAAUUAAAGUAUACAUUUCUAUUUAAGCGAAAAGAAUAUCUUUUGCACUACUUUAUUUUGGUCUGCAAAGUGUACUGUUUAGUGAAAAUUUUGAUUAGUAAGUUUUGCAUUCCAAUUUAGUUUCUC